AAUUGGCUGAUGUAAAGUGACAGCACCGGCUGGUUAAAUUCAUUUUUUUUUUGUUGAUAACAAUUGAAAAACACUCAAUUUUUUCUCACAUAAAUUGUAUACGCCGUAGCAGCUCAUUUCGUUUGAAUUUCAGAUUUGUUUUUUUGGUUCCGAAAAUGACGCAAAUCAAACUUGUUUCGUCAAAUAAAUCGUUUGGUGGCUAUCAAAAAAUCUACUCACAUUUUUCCAAAGAGUUGGAAUGUGAAAUGAAAUUUGCCAUCUACUUGCCGCCCCAAAGCGAGAAUGCAACAGUCAAACUACCGGUGCUGUAUUGGUUGAGCGGUCUGACUUGCAAUGAAAACAAUUUCAUUCAGAAAGCCGGUGCACAACAGCAUGCUGCUGAUCACGGUUUGAUCAUUGUUUGUCCAGACACAUCGCCCAGAGGUGUUGAAAUCGCCGGCCAAGAUGACGCCUACGAUUUUGGAAGUGGUGCAGGUUUUUAUGUGGAUGCCAUCACAGAUCCAUGGAACAAACACUACAAGAUGUUUACGUAUGUGACUAAGGAAUUGAUUGAAGUUAUUAACCACAAUUUUCCGACCGUUGAAGGCGUUCAAAGCAUUUUCGGACAUUCGAUGGGCGGUCAUGGUGCUUUAAUAUCUGCAUUGCGUUGUCCGGGACUUUAUAAAUCGGUGUCAGCAUUUGCACCAAUUUCCAAUCCGAUUCAAUGUGCAUGGGGACAGAAGGCGUUCAAAGGGUAUUUGGGUGAAGAAAAGCGCUUGUGGAACGAAUGGGAUGCAACUGAAUUAGUUAAAACAUACAAUGGGCCACAUUUGCAAAUUCUGGUUGAUCAAGGUCAAGAUGAUCAAUUCCUAACUGAAGGUCAACUAUUGCCAGAAAAUCUAAUUGAAGCAUGUCUUGAUUCACGCGUUGGUUGUAUUUACAACAAACGAGAAGGAUAUGAUCACAGCUAUUUUUUCAUUGCGUCAUUUGUUGGCGAACAUAUCGCCUACCAUGCUAAAUCUUUGAAAGAAUAAGCUAACGUUUGAUGGAAAUUUGAAAAAAAUAUAUUAAUAAGCAUCUAAAGCUAUCAUAAACUAUUAUUGUUCAGCAAACUUAAAAUAUGCAAAUAAAAAAUAUUUUUAUAAAAAGAAAAA